UUGUAAAGUCAAAGAUGGAUCCCAAAAUGGUAGAGCCCACUACUUAAUUGAUUGAAGAACAUCAUGAUGAAAGUACUGUGGGAAGGCAUCAUUACACAUUCACGGGAAGCCAAGAAACUGUGCCUAUAAGUGGACUUCCUCCCUUCAUUGUAAUUGACUGAGAACAAACAUUCAAUGAAGAGAUCAGUUUCUAUACUUUCUCUAUAUCUCAAUUCCCUCUCUACAAUUUCCUCUAGAUUUAUAACACCAAAAUGCUUUUGGAGGUGGGUAAGUGGCAACCAUAGAACAUGUUUGUUUUUUAUUUUUUAUUUUUUAUAAUUAAUUUAUAUUUAUUUCAAUUAAGCUUUUUUUUUUUUUAUAACCCCAAUUAAGCAUGUUCUUUGUGAAAUGUAUUAUUUUAUCCUCAAGUCACAGAAGCCCUUUUCCCAGAGACACUCAUCUCAUGAGACGUAGAGAGGCACAAAGAGAUGAGCUCACAGCUCUUGCACUACACAGCUCUGCUCCCCAUAACCAACUCCAUAACACCCCCACCACUAACUCCCUCUAGAGCUCGCCCUCCAAUCUCAGCCCCACAAUUCCAAGCCUUUCACACCCUUUCCCAAAGAACCCACAUUCCUUCUCAUGUCUACACGCACCCUGCAGCCAUUCUCCUUGAGCUCUGCACUUCCAUAAAAGAGCUCAACCAAAUCAUCCCUCUCAUUAUCAAGAACGGCCUCUACAAUGAGCACUUGUUCCAGACCAAGCUCGUCAGCUUGUUCUGCAAUUAUGGCAGCCCAAGUGAGGCUUUUCGGGUUUUCGAGACCGUUGAGGAUAAACUUGAGGUUUUUUACCACACUCUGCUAAAAGGGUAUGCCAAGAACUCGUCUUUAGGUGACGCCAUGUCUUUCUUUUGCCGAAUGAAGUCUGAUGGUGUUAGACCAGUUGUGUAUAAUUUUACCUAUUUGUUGAAAGUUUGUGGGGAUAAUGCUGAUCUUAGGAGGGGGAAGGAGAUUCACGCGCAUCUAAUAAGUAGUGGGUUUGCCACGAAUUUGUUUGCGAUGACAGCGGUUGUGAAUAUGUAUGCUAAGUGUAGGCAGAUUAAUGAGGCAUAUAAGAUGUUCGAUAGAAUGCCUGAGAGGGACUUGGUUUCUUGGAAUACGAUUAUUGCUGGUUAUGCACAAAAUGGGUUGGCCAAGAUAGCUUUGGAGUUGGUUAUAAGAAUGCAGGAGGAAGGCCAGAAGCCUGAUUCGAUUACUUUGGUCACUCUAUUACCUGCUGUUGCAGAUUAUGGGUCUUUGAUAAUUGGAAAGUCAAUUCAUGCGUAUGUUCUAAGAGCCAGUUUUGAAUCACUUGUAAACAUUUCUACGGCUCUUCUAGACAUGUAUUCGAAAUGUGGAUCAGUAGGGACUGCUCGGUUGAUUUUCAAUAGGAUGAAACAAAAGACUGCCGUUUCGUGGAAUUCCAUGAUAGACGGGUAUGUACAAAAUGAAGAUGCAGAGGAGGCAAUGGAGAUUUUCCAGAAGAUGUUGGAUGAAGGCUUUCAACCAACCAACGUUACUAUAAUGGAAGCUUUACAUGCUUGUGCUGAUUUGGGGGAUCUUGAACGGGGAAAGUUCGUACAUAAAUUAGUGGAUCAGCUGAAACUUGGAUCUGAUGUGUCAGUAAUGAACUCUUUGAUGUCCAUGUAUUCCAAGUGUAAGAGAGUUGAUAUUGCUGCAAAGAUAUUUAAAAACUUGCUAGGUAAAACCCUUGUGUCAUGGAAUACCAUGAUAUUAGGUUAUGCACAGAAUGGACGCGUCAGUGAGGCUUUAAGUCACUUUUGUCAGAUGCAAUCUCAAAAUAUGAAACCAGAUUCAUUUACCAUGGUGAGUGUUAUUCCUGCUCUUGCGGAGUUAUCAGUUACACGACAGGCUAAGUGGAUUCAUGGACUUGUUAUAAGAACAUGUUUUGACAAAAACAUUUUUGUGAUGACUGCUCUUGUUGACAUGUAUGCAAAAUGUGGAGCUGUCCAUACUGCCAGAAAACUUUUUGACAUGAUGGAUGAGCGGCAUGUGACAACAUGGAACGCUAUGAUCGAUGGAUAUGGAACAAAUGGGUUGGGAAAAGCUGCUGUAGAUCUGUUCAAUGAAAUGGAAAAAGGAACAAUAAAGCCAAAUGAUAUUACAUUCCUGUGUGUGAUCUCUGCUUGCAGUCACUCAGGUUUAGUAGAAGAGGGUCUCCAAUACUUUGCAAGCAUGAAAGAAGAUUAUGGCUUGGAGCCUGCAAUGGAUCACUAUGGGGCCAUGGUUGAUCUUCUUGGUCGAGCUGGCCAGCUAAGUGAGGCUUGGGAUUUUAUUCAAAAGAUGCCUAUGGAGCCUGGUAUUACUGUCUUCGGUGCAAUGUUGGGGGCUUGCAGAACUCAUAAAAAUGUUGAGUUGGGUGAAAGGGCAGCAGACAAGAUAUUUGAGUUAAAUCCUGUUGAAGGUGGGUACCAUGUUUUGCUUGCUAACAUAUAUUCCACAGCUUCAUUGUGGGACAAAGUUGCUAAAGUGCGAAAAAUGAUGGAGAUGAAAGGGCUUCAGAAAACUCCAGGCUGCAGUUUAGUGGAUUUAAGGAAUGAGGUUCACACUUUCUACUCUGGAAGCACAAGCCAUCCCCAAUCCAAAAGGAUUUAUACUUUUCUGGAGACUCUGGGAGAUGAGAUCAAGGCUGCCGGUUAUGUGCCCGACACCAAUUCAAUUCAUGAUGUGGAAGCUGAUGUUAAGGAGCAGUUACUCAAUAGCCACAGUGAGAAGCUGGCUAUUGCAUUUGGACUCUUGAAUACUACUCCUGGUACAACCAUACACAUUCGGAAGAAUCUACGAGUUUGUGGUGAUUGCCAUAACGCAACCAAGUACAUAUCACUUGUAACUGGACGGGAGAUCAUAGUGCGUGAUAUGCAUCGGUUCCAUCAUUUCAAGAAUGGAACCUGUUCUUGUGGUGAUUAUUGGUGACCGUAUCUUUGUCCAUUUUUUAUUUUUGGCAGUUGUAUAAUUGCCACUGUUGUAUUCUUUUCAGGGAUGGGGACUUAGGUGUAGAUUCACAAGGUUUUGGUUAUUUUUGAUGUUUUAGAAGGUCAUGAAAUCAUGCAACAACAAAAAAAAGAGCUUUCAUUACAGAAACAUUGGAGAUGUGGUGUGCAACGGCAUUUAACAGUCACAUGACUCAUGUAUAUUUCAGUUGCUCGAUACUUAUGCCAUGAGAUUAUUAUACUUGGAUCAUUCCAAAUGUCAUCCUUUGUGGUCUUCAUUUUCCUUUCGUCUCAGUGAAAUUUUGAAAUACUUUUAUAAGAUACACCCAAGGAGGAACAUGAUGAUACUGAAGCAGGCGAAAGUAAAGUUUGCAAAUCUCCUUCAAUAAGGAUGUUAGAAAAGCCAAACCGUUGUGCACAAGGAAGACCAAAUUUCAGGCUAGCUGCCUCCGCUUCAAGAACCAUACAAAAACCCAAAGGUAUUGCAUUGCGCCUGCUAAUUUGACUAUACCUUGCUGAUUUUGAAUAACAAAACCCGCCACAGCUUUGCCCGACUGAAGAACGAAACCAUCAAAAUUGAGCUUCCAAAACAGAUGAUCAGGUGGUUGCUACUUAAUAAAAGAGGAAGUAGACUGUAACAUCUUAUGUUGAACACAUAAAUUUUGUUUAAAAACAUCUCAUAAAUUGACGGUUGCCGAAAACUGCAUAUCGUCACGUCAGAAGAGAUCUGGGAACUAUCCUGGGUAUGUCAAUUGUUACGGAUACUGGGAAAUACCUAAGGCUCUAAAUUUUGUGAAGGAAAGGUUGCUGCGAAAGAUUGGAGGAUGGAAGCAAGGUUUAUUAUCACAAGCCGGAAGGGACAUUCUGAUCAAAUCAGUAGCACAGGCAGUUCCAACAUACCCCAUGGGAAUUUUUAAGUUUCCCAAAUCUUUCUGUCAAAAGUUGGAGCAAGAGAUUGUGAAGUUCUGGUGGGGUCAAAAACAAGAUGAGAUUGUCAAAAGUGCAUUGGAUCAGUUGGCCUACUUUGGGGCUUCCGAAGAAACAGGGAGGCAUGGGAUUUAGAGACUUUAAUGAUUUCAAUUUGGCCUUGCUAGCCAGACAAUGUUGGAGAUUAAUCACGGAGCCAAAUUCCCAAUGGGCUCAACUCUUGAAGGCUCGUUAUUUCCAGAAAUGCAAUUUUUUGGAGGCAAAGAAAUGCGGUUGUGCUUCUUGGGCUUGGGCAAGCUUGCUGGAGGGAAGAAAGAUCAUUCUUCAGGGAGCUCGAUGGCAAAUUCUAAAUUGUAGACAAGCAAAGCUUUGGAUGGACUGUUGGAUUCCCUCCCUUCACAACGGUAAACUCCACCCCCACUUACAGAACUCGCUCGACCCUAACACUCGGGUGGAAACUUUAAUUGAUUAGGAUUCCAUAACUUGGAACUUGACCCCGAUUCAAGCUUCAAUUACUAAUGAGGAGAAGCUUGCUAUCCGACUUAUCCCUAUAGGGAAUGGAAGGAAGGACGACAGAUUAGUCUAGCCUGGGGAAAAAAAGGCAAAUUUUCAGUGCGGUCCGGGUACCAUUCCAUCCAUGCCCUACAGGUUGAGACCACGGCCAGAAACGCCUCCACCUCAUCACGGAUUGACCCCUUGGUGUGGAAAAAUAUUUGGAAAGCUGAGGUUCCUCCAAAGAUAAAGAAUUUUCUAUGGCGUGCGACUCAUGGUAGACUGCCUACGACGUUCGCUCUCCACAAACGCAAAAUUGCUGGCACCCGGUCCCAUAUGCCAAGCUCAUGAGGAAUUUGUUGAACAUUUGCUCCUCUCAUGCCCGUGGGUCGAAUUGGUUUGGUUCGGUGGCCCUCUUAAUUAUAAAAUUGACAAGCAGGGAAUUACCACCUUUAACGAACGUUUGCUGAAAUGUACCACGGAUGGGCUCCAAACUAAGGAGGAAAAAGAGCACAUAUCAUGCAUUAUUGUUGUUACAUGCCGGAUUAUUUGGAAAACAAGGAAUCGUUUUGUUUUGUUUUUUUAUCAAUGCAUACCUCAACCUCUCUUGGCCAUUAAAACCAUUCUUUCUCAAGUGGAGGAGCUGACUGCAUUGAAUAACAGAAGGAAUGUGAGGAGGCCUUGUGAUGGACCCUCUCCAAAUCCUGCCUCUUGGACAGCACCAGAAAGCCCAUGUUAUUAAAGUUAACUUUGAUGCUACUUGGUCGGCAUCUUCUGGCAAAGCGGGAGUAGGUCUUAUAGCACGAAAUACAAAUGGUGAGUUCGUGGGAGCGAAAUGUCUAUCUUUCCAUGCGGAAUCUACAAUCAUGGCUAAAGCAAUUGCUGGUUUUGAAGGUUGCAAAUGGGCAUCUGAGCUGGGCUUAUCAGAUGUUUAUUUUGAAUCUGACUCCAAAGAACUGAUCGAGAAUGUGAAAGGAAACAUAAAGCGUGGAAGAUGGAGUCUCGACCCACUUCUGUCUAUAAUUCGUGAAUGCAAUUCCAAUUUCUCAAACUAUAACUGGGCAUGUACCAGUAGGAAAAACAAUGAAGCGGUAGAUCAUCUUGUGCUGUAAGCACUAUCGAGGUCGAGUCCGGAAGUCUGGGUAUCUAGGCCCCCCACCUCUCUUGUGCAUGUCUUAAAUCGUGACGGUCUUCCCUGCCCUCAUCCAGCCUCCAUAUAGCAUGCACUGUUCAAGAUGGCCAUGACUCUCUGUUGUUGGAUUGUCGUACCACUCCCAUACCGUGGGGCUUUUUUUUGUAGCAGUUUGUAAGGGUAUACUGAGUUUAUUUGCUUUGCAUGUACUUUUGUUCUGUCGCAUAGCUCUGCUUCUCUUUAUUUGAGUUGUAAUCUUUUUGGAUUGCUCUCCUUUAAUGAAAGUUCUUAUUGACCCAAAAAAAAAAAAAA